UGACCGAGUUUCUCCGGAUAGUAGUGGCAAGUGCGAAUACGGGGGUUUCCAGUCACGCGGAGAUCGUGACGGGUAGUUGCAGUUUCACCAACGAUGGCUCCUUCCUGCGAGAUGCAGCUGGCCAUGACAUUGGAAGGUUGUUGCAUUAAAUUCGCGCUUUCUGUAAGACGUUUACCUGCAUUCAACCUGUCCAAGGUAAUGGAAGGUGCCUUAGCCUCUCUCUGACUGUUUUCUCCUGCCACGACCCAUCCAUCUCAUCUUCUUACUUCUAUCAUCUCCACUGCUUCAUAAGUUGUCAUCCAAGAGACAAACCCUUGCAACCCGUCUCAUUUGCCGCCUCAUUCAAGUCUCUAAAUCACAAUACAAAAGGACUAUUCAAUCACAAUGUUGAGCAACAAGACCCACGGGAUACAGCAUCAAAUAGCUUCCAAAACACUUACCCCUUCCGCAAUCCUCGAACAGUGACCAACAACCAGCUCAUCAAGCGCAAGCGUUUGACGCCCGAAUACUCGCAUACGAAGAUGACCAAUCGCAAAAACCCAAGCAAACAAAUACUAGGGUUUUGUCGAAAUACUGAACGAUGUGAUCGCUCUUGGGACAGUAGGUUUUCUCAAAGAGAUGUUUCAGUUAUUUGCUAAUUAUCUAUUCUCAUUUGCACAAUACCUGGACCACUUUUCACAAUCAUGGCCUAGAUGACUGAAUGAGGAAUGAAGGGCUAGUGAUCACUGCUAUCCUUAAGUCUGUGUGAAUCUUGUCAAUACCUCAGCAAGAUAGAUCCAAGAAAUGAAAGCAUCAAGAAUGCGGGCUGUUAUCUUUCUAACUCUCGUGGUACAACAAACACUCACCACAAGCCAGGCUUGUGUUUGGUUUGAGCUUGCGCAGCCACCCGACUCGCCUUCCCACACCGUACCGUACCGUGCCGUAGCGUAUCGUGCCGACCUUGACGCCAUCGUGUCAAGCGACUUCACCGCGAACUAUCUCUUCAUUGCACAGGGAGGCCGAGUUUCCAUACAAGGCUAGAUAUGUUGAACGCUCCGCUCUGUCAUGCGGUUGCACUUGUCCUCCAGUGCACGUCAGCUUGAUCCUGUACCUAGUGCAGAAUCUAUCUUGUCUUCAGUCCAAGCAUGCUAGCUCGAUAUGCGAGUAUCUAUUAUGAGAUUUACCUGCAGCAUAUGCGUAACUCGACUCGACCGGGGCUUCCAUGCUAUGGGCAGGUGCUUGGGUUCCUGUCCUGUCACAGAGCUCUAGCUUCUAUCAAGCCUCGGGACGAGCAAUAGGCUUGGACUUCAUCACACAACUUACACAACUGCCCGCCCGAUGCCGCGGGCUUACCUUUCGGACAAAUUUAUACACUUUUCGCUGACCCAAACAGCAGUUUUCGGCGUAUAUUCCCAGAGAUAAACAAUAUGAUCGACCACGUCCCGCAUCAACACCACAAACGGCCGACUCGGAUCAUCAUGGUUAUUGUGGCCUAGCCUACGGACGCCUGCAGCCUUCGAAACUGAGCCACCCGGUUCUCGCAGCACCCUGAUAAUACAGUACGCACGGGUUCGUACAGCCUGCCAGACGAUACCAACAGGGCUUGGUCAACUAGCUCUCUGCCGUGCUUUCACGGCCAAUGUUGAUGCUGUUGCUCAAGAAUUGAUAUAUAAGCCUACAUAUCGAGAGGCAAUCUCCUGCCAACUUGGCAGGACAAAGACUUACAAGCACUUCUCAAUCCAGUGCCUGUCCAAACAUUCUAAACUCACCCUAACCCAAUACUUAUCUUGUCACAAUGAUCUUCCCAGUCAGCUCCGACUCUACCCAGGCUUCCAGCCCUGAUCCUGUCGCCAAUCCGCCAGCUCAAGCCCCCGAACCAGCUCGCUAUCAGGUCUUUCAUAUUCAACACUCCCCUGGCACUCACAAGAUCUUCAUUCCAACAAGCUCUCCGCGACCGGCAGGCUAUCUCUACCAUGUUCUGGAAUCUUCAAAUCCUGAAGAUCCACAGCCUACCAUGACUCUGGUCUCCGAUAUCAUCGAGACUCUAGGUCAGGUCGGCACCAUUCAUGAUAGCAGAUGUGUGGGCUCUAUUGCGUCCCAAGAACUCGACAAUGCGUGCGCUAUGAUCAAGAGUCACCCAAGACUAUUCGAUCCUUACGAGCCUGCCAACGCUCCUGGCAGACCGGGCCGCUGCGAGCUUUGGGUCCUCUCUGUGAUCGAUACUCUGCUUGGGGACGGCCUCCUCCAGCCGCCUCCGUCGGAGCCUACCUCUCGAGCCCAUCAACCUCCAAGACAUCAUCACACAGCUCACUGCACUCACCAACGACUCUACUCGUAUCAUCCCUACCAACGAAGGAGCCGCCCGGCUUUGGACCGUGAGUGAUGUAUGCCGGAUGCACCGACACUACUGCAAAUAUUUGAGGCAGCGAAGACAUCUAUUUAUUGCUUAACAAAAUGCUGGAAUUUGACGUGUGGUUUCGCUCGAGGGGGAUCUUAACUUGAACGUACGGCAGACAGAAACAUGUUGAUAGUGAUGUGGCCAACUCUUGUAUUCAUUCAACAUACUUUUGCAACAAUAAUAAAUCAUGAGAUUCAACUCUUCCAAGCAUUCCGCCCCAAGCGAAUAAGAAACAAGACUCAUAAACUCCCUGUAUCUCUCCC